GAGCGCGGUGUCUUCUAAAUAAAAUGUCAUCUAAACAUGAUCGGUUUCAAAGUCAUUUGCUUCCUCGCUCAGCGAAGAAAUGAUUGUUAUUUAGUUUUGUUUUGUUUUUGUUUUUUUAAACAAUGCUUAAAAGUCUAUUAAUGUGUUGUGCUUGGAAAUUUCAGCCGAUGUUAAGAGAUAUUACACAGUUUGCACAGAAUAGUAAUAACGGUGGACGCUUUAACAACAAAUCGAAACAGUAGCUCAAAGUCAACUUUUAAUCGUGACGGUUUAAAAACGAAAGUUCGUAAUACGUUACUUUCUUGCUUUCGUCAGGUUCAUGCUUUACGUGAAUGACAUUUUCACACUUAAACCGAAAUAUAUUUAAUAUUAAGAAUUGUUUGUGUUCCGAACUAUCAGGGAUUUAUUUAUUUUAUUUAUUAAUUUAUUUAUUUUUAAAGAUUUCACACUUUUCAUAUUGGACUAAAUUCAUUUGUUUUUGAAAAUAUUAAAAACCUCACGAUAGUUUGUGUGCACUUCUUUUUUUUUCUUUCUUUCUUUCUCGGAAGCGCACACAGGAAGCGUGUGUCAUUGGUACUGUGAGACAUGAAGUUAUAUCAGAAAGAGGAAGUCGGGUGUCUAUUCUGGUUAAAGUAGAUGCAUGUUUUUCCAUUAAAAAAAAAAAAAAAUUUGUUUACAUUUUUCAGGUCUAUUACCUGAUUUGUGCAUUAGAGUGCUUUGGGGUAUUUUUUUUCCCCCUCACAUGGUAAAGGGAUUUUGUACAAGUAGGCAACAUCAUAUUUAUACCCCAGAGAAAGAGGUCAUAGUUAAAAGCAGACAAGAACAUGGAUACUGGGAAGCAAGUGAAAAAAAAAAAAUAAUAAUAAUACGGAAAAAGGCGCAUAGACUUUCGAGAGAAAAUGCUACUGUUUUAAAAAGUCACCUCUGUCUUACAUAAAUGACGUUUCUCUUAUCGUCGGAGUGGGCGAUCGCGACGGGGCGCCAAUACUUCUGGAGGGUUCUGGAUGAGAGAGAGACAGAAAUAAAUGUGUUUGUCUAUUCAUAGGCGUCUGUUUAAACUUAACAUACCUUCUGUCUGUCUAGAAUCCACAAAAGGAAAGAUGUCAUGCCUCAAGUGCCUAAAAUACACCAUGUGUGCGGUGAACUUCAUCUUCUUUCUUUGCGGAGCUGCUGUAUUUGGAUUGGGGAUCUACAUGAGCACCACGGCCAAGUACUUGUCCCUCUUCCCAUCCUUGUCAGCCGUGAACUUGGCCAGCGCGCUCUUCGUCCUCGGCAUAUUUGUCACCUGUGUGUCCUUCCUGGGUUUCCUGGGGGCCCUUAAGGAAAACCGCUGCCUCUUGAUUUCUUUUUUCGUUCUCUUGUUCCUGCUGAUGUUGGCCGAGCUGACCGUGGCCUGCCUCCUGCUUUUGUACGAGCACGAUAUUGACAGGUUCAUCAUGGACGAACUGAGGAACAGCCUGAAGCAAAGAGAAGGAGAAAAUAACGCAACCAUUGACUGGAACACCAUUCAGAAAACUUUCCAGUGCUGUGGAGUACAAAACGCAUCGGAUUGGGGAACGGCUAUACCGGAUUCAUGUUGCCCUACAGCGUCAUGUACAAUCACCACAGCCUGGCAGGGCUGCUAUUCGAAACUGAAGGACUGGUUUGAAAACAAUCUUCUAGGAACUGGGAUCGCAGUCAUCAUCGUAUGCAGCAUCGAGGUUUUGGGUAUGUGCUUCUCCAUGACCCUGUUCUGCCACAUCAGCAAAACUGGACUUGGAUACAAAUGAAAGGCCAUGUCAGAUUUCCCAUAAUGCAGAAGAGAGACAAGUCAGAAGAGUGGAAGAGAGUGGCUGAGAAAGCUUGUCCUCCAUUUACACCAUUAUCAUUUCAUCAUUAAACUUCACGACUCUCCUCUAGAUGACUAUUCUGAUAUAUAAAUUGUGAACGUGACACACGUGUAAUGGUGCGCAGUUUAAUUAAUGCAUACGAAUUUAUACGUUUUGUCGAAUGAAUUAUGGCAUUUCCAUAUUUCCAUAAAUUGUAUUGCGUGUACAGAAAAAGCAUAUGAGACUGGAUCAAUGGUAAACUAUAAUGACAGAACGCUGCCUUCUUAAUCGUUACGUCAAAUGUAGUAUAGUGCAAUAUCAGGCUGGACCAAAUAUACUGAUAUAUAUUCCCAGUUUCAUUCAGCUUUUGGAUCAUCAUCUUGUUUUUAAUGAUAAUACUGACAUCAGCACGUGUUGUAGUCUUUAACACAAGCACUUUUAUGAGCGGUAUUAGCCGUUCCAAUGUGCAAUUUAACUUCAUGUAACAUGUAAAGCCCCCUCCCAUGCCCAAAAGUCCACAUACAUGGAAAUUGCUGUCUAAAUUCCCCAAAUUUACUUUUUAUGUACCUGUAUAGUUGAGGAUACCAUGCUAAGUGUGCAUAUUGUUUAUUUUAUUUUAAUAUAAUCUUAAAUACCAUGUUCCUUAAUAGGGAACUAGUUGGUAUACUAGACUGUAUUUUUACAUUUUUAUUUCCCAUUUUUUUCUAUAACUAUAAACUCCACUGUACAUAGCUAAACCUUAUUUAAGUUUAGCUUUAGACAUGAACAUUAUUUGUGUUCUUUUCCUGCAUUGUUAUUACUGUGCUAACUGCUGCACGUCGUUACUUCCUCUUUGCCAGUAAAAAAAAAUAA